CUAAAGCGGAGAAGCAGAAGGCUGUGUUGUGGUCAGCAGUCCACGCCUCCGCGCUCAUACAGUGUUGAUGGAGGAGCAGAAACAAGAGCUGAACUGUUGAAGGAAUGAUCGACAUUCUGUUUCAAGUCCUGCUCCUACAGUCCGCUUUCCCACAGUGCGCAAAGAUCCCUCCAUUAUAAUGACUGUAUUGUUAAGCUGCUGAAACUAUGAGAGACCAAAUGUAAGAAUAUGGCAUCCAGACGAUGUUCCAGUUCUCAGCAAACCCCAUCUGGUAUCCUCCACGUGAACAAAUCUCACAGACAAACACAGAAAAGUAGCAAGGAUAGAACUCACGACUGCUUAGAGUGUGGAAAGAGAUUUAAUCGUCAGAGUCAUCUCCAGCAACACCAGCGCAUUCAUACAGGAGAGAAGCCGUAUCACUGCUCAGAGUGUGGGAAGAGUUUCGCUGUACAGAGUCAUCUCCAACAACACCAACGCAUUCACACAAGAGAAAAGCCGUAUUACUGUUCAGAGUGUGGGAAGAGUUUUACUCAGCAGGGUCAUCUGCAACAACACCAGCUCAUUCACACAGGAAAGAAGCCGUAUCACUGCUCAGAGUGUAGGAAGAGUUUUACGCUACAGAGUCAUCUCCAACAACACCAGCGUAUUCACACAGGAGAGAAGCCGUAUUACUGUUCAGAGUGCGGGAAGAGUUUUAAUCGACAGAGUACUCUGCAAGAACACCAGCGCAUUCACGCAGGAGUGAAACCAUAUUACUGUUCAGAGUGUGGGAAGAGUUUUACUCGACAAAGUUCUCUCGAUCGACACCAGCGCAUUCACACAGGAGAGAAGCCAUAUCACUGCUCAGAGUGCGGGAAGAGUUUUACUCAGCAGAGUCAUCUCCAAGAACACCAGCGCAUUCACACAGGAGAAAAGCCGUAUUACUGCUCAGACUGUGGGAGGAGUUUCAGGCAUUCAAAGACUGUGACAACACACAAACAGAAACAUAGCUUGAAGAGAACUCACUACUGCUUGGAGUGUGGAAAGAGUUUUGAUCGACAGAGUCAUCUGAACAUACACCAGCGUAUUCACACAGGAGAGAAGCCGUAUCACUGCUCAGAGUGUGGGAAAAGUUUCACUCAAAAGUGUACUCUCCAAAAACACCAGGUCAUUCACACAGGAGAAAAGCCGUAUCACUGCUCAGAAUGUGGGAAGAGGUUUAAUCGACAGAGUACUCUCCAAACCCACCAGCGCAUUCAUACAGGAGUUAAACCGUAUCACUGCUCAGAGUGUGGGAAGAAUUUUAGUCUACGGAGUACUCUCCGAAAACACCAGCGCUUUCACACAGGAGAGAAGCCGUACUGCUGUUCAGAGUGUGGGAAGAGUUUUACUCAACAGAGUAAUCUCCUACAACACCAGCGCAUUCACACAGGAGAGAAGCCGUAUCACUGCUCAGAGUGUGGGAGGAGUUUUACUGUACAGAGUCAUCUCCAAACACACCAGCGCAUUCACACAGGAGUUAAACCAUAUUGCUGCUCAGUAUGUGGGAAGAGUUUUACUGUACAUAGUAAUCUCCAACAACACCAGCUCAUCCACACAGGAGAGAAGCCAUAUCACUGCACAGAGUGUGGAAAGGGUUUUACUCAACAGGGUUCUUUCCUAAGACACCAGCGCAUUCACACAGGAGAAAAGCCAUAUCACUGCUCAGAGUGUUGGAAGAGUUUUACCAUGCAGAGUUCUUUCCAACGACACCAGCGGAUUCACACAGGAGAGAAGCCAUAUCACUGCCUACAGUGUGGGAAGAGUUUUACUAUACAGAGUAAUCUCCAACAACAUUUGCGCAUUCACACAGGAGAGAAACCAUAUUACUGCUUAGAGUGUGGGCAGAGCUUUAGGCAUUCAGGUUCUGUGAAGACACACAAAUGCACUAACAGCAGUGGUGGAAAUGGGCAGUAAUGAGGGUAAUCUUAACACCAGAACUGGCCUUCCUGGGGCCCUAUGCAAAAUUACGCAAAGGGUCCCUUCUUCCUGACCUGUGAGCCAUGUAAGCCACUUGCAAUUGCCACGCAGUCAAACCUGAUACCCCUGUGCUCCCACUAAAAUUCUUCUUUAAAACAGUUUGCUUCAUCUGUCAGUAUAAGAAUAAGCAGACCUA